AUGGGUAAAAAUAUUUCUUUUAAAGCUUUUCCGUUACCGAUUAGUCUCAUUGGUUUCUACCUAUCAUUGGCUGACCACAGCCUACAUGACGGAGAACGAUAUACGUUAGUGUCGACUCGCCUUGGUAAACUGCGUGGACUUGAAUCUCAGAUCUUAGGACAGCGGGUACAAUCAUUUUUGGGCAUUCCAUUUGCGGAACCACCAAUUGGCGACAAUCGAUUUAAGCCACCGAUUGUCAAGAAACCAUGGAACGAUGUUCUGGAUGCUGUGCAUCUAUCACCGGCCUGUUAUCAAGGUCGCGAUAACUACAAUACGUCGUUUUGGGGUUCUGAAAUGUGGAAUGCAAAUACAGAAGUGAAAGAAGAUUGCUUAUAUUUAAACAUGUGGAAACCUGCAAAACAUAAUCAUAAUUUGAAAGUUAUGGUAUGGAUUUUUGGUGGAGGUUUUUAUUCCGGAAGUCCAUCGUUAUUGCUUUAUGACGGUAAAGCAUUAGCGAUUAAAGCCGAUGCAAUUAUUAUCAACAUCAAUUAUCGACUGGGUCCAUUUGGUUAUCUGUAUUUUGAUCAUGAAGAUGCACCAGGAAAUGUUGGAAUGCUUGAUCAGCAACUGGCAUUAACAUGGAUAAAAAAGCAUGUAUCGGCAUUUGGCGGUGAUCCAUCGCAGAUAACGCUGUUUGGCGAAUCUGCAGGUGCAUCGUCUAUUGUUGCACAUAUGAUUGCACCAGGUAGUCGAGGCUUGUUCCGUAACGGAAUUUUACAAUCCGGAAGUUUGGAUAACAACUGGGCAAUGGUAUCACCAACUGAAGCGAUGAACAGAAGUCGAGCUUAUGCUAGGCGAUUAAAAUGCGAAAAAAACGAUGUGGUUGAAACUAUCAAAUGUAUGAGAGCAGCUCCAGCAGCAAAUAUGAUUGAACGACAAUGGGAUGGACUAGGAUUUUUAGACUUUCCAGUUGCAAUUGUUUCUCGUGAUCGUAAUUUUUUCAAACAUCAUGAUGCUUUUACAGCACUACGUAUCGGUGAUUAUUCACACGAUGUUAACAUCAUGAUUGGAAUAAACCAUGAUGAAGGUAACUUUUGGAAUAUCUAUAAUUUGCCAGAAUAUUUCGAUACGGCAACACAGCCACUGCUCGACUAUGAACAGUUUAAAGACUGUUCAGAAACUGCAUUUGGUAAAUUGCCGUCUGCAUUUCGACGUGCUGCCAUGUGGACAUACAACCAAAACUGUAGUCAAAUAUGCACUAAAAGUAAAGUCUAUGCUGAUAUGAUUAAUCAAAUGGUUGGAGAUUUUUACUUUACCUGCGAUAGUCUUUGGUUUGCUGACGAAUAUAAACGGAUCGGAAGUGGAAAAAUAUAUAUUUAUUAUUUUGAUCAACCGUCAAGUGCAAAUCCAUGGCCAAAAUGGACCGGUGUAAUGCAUGGUUAUGAGGUCGAAUUUGUCUUCGGUGUGCCUCUUUUCAAUAAAACUGCCGGUUACACAACGCGUGAACUUCAUUUUAGCGAAAAAAUUAUUGAAUAUUGGAAAAGUUUUGCUGAAACCGGUGCUACAAAACGUCCAACAGAACAAUGGCCAGAAUAUCGUGAAACUGGUAAAUGGAUGUAUCUGAAGGGUGGUUCGUUGAUACGUCCAAUUGAAAAACGAAAACAUGACGAAUGUGAAGUAUGGCGACAGGCUAAAGAUUGGCAACAUUUUGAAUACUGUUAGUU